UGUCUGGACGCGCAGGGUGGAUGCGGGGGGCUCCUGGGAACUGGGUUGGAGCGGAGUUAGCGCUAGCCAGGCGCAAGCGCGCACAGACAGCCACCCGAAGAACCCCCCACAGCCGACCCGGAGACCCCCGCGCAGUAUCGCCACUGGAUCUCUGGCAGUCGGCGGGAGUGUCGGAGGUUGGAGCUGGGCCCCCACCUUCCGCGCCCCCCACGGGAAGGGAGCACCUCCCGUAUUAAAAAGAGCGCGACAGCGAGAAGCCCUCAUUCGCCGGCCAGGAGGCGAGCCAAUGCCGAGCUGCACCGCGUCCACCAUGCCAGGGAUGAUCUGCAAAAACCCGGACCUCGAGUUUGACUCGCUGCAACCCUGCUUCUACCCGGACGAAGAUGACUUCUACUUCGGCGGCCCCGACUCGACCCCCCCGGGGGAGGACAUCUGGAAGAAGUUUGAGCUGCUGCCCACGCCCCCACUGUCGCCUAGCCGUGCCUUCCCGGAGCACAGCCCGGAGCCCCCGAACUGGGCUACCGAGAUGAUGCUGCCUGAGGCCGACCUGUGGGGUAACCCGGCCGAGGAGGACGCGUUCGGCUUGGGGGGAUUGGGCGGUCUCACCCCCAAUCCAGUCAUCCUCCAGGACUGCAUGUGGAGCGGCUUCUCUGCUCGGGAGAAGCUGGAGCGCGCUGUGAGCGAGAAGCUGCAGCACGGUCGUGGGGCGCCUGCUGCCAGCACCGCAACCCCGGCUCAGGGAGCGGGCGCAGCCAGCCCUCCCGGCCGCGGGCAUAAUGCGCCUGGGGUUGCGGGCCGUGUUGGGACCGCCCUGCCCGCGGAGCUCGCCCACCCAGCCGGCGAGUGCGUGGAUCCCGCCGUGGUCUUCCCCUUUCCAGUCAACAAGAGGGAGCCAGCGCCUGUGCCAGCCGUCCCGGCGGUUGCCCCUGCUGCGGGGGUCUCGGUCCCCUCUGGGGCGAGUGUCUCAGCCCCAGCUAGUGCCCCGGCGGCGGCUGCUCAGCGUCCAGGCGGCCGCCCGGCCAUCAAUGGUGACCAGAAGGCUCUCAGUACUUCGGGAGAGGACACCCUCAGCGACUCAGAUGAUGAAGACGAUGAAGAGGAAGAUGAAGAAGAGGAAAUUGAUGUGGUCACGGUGGAGAAGCGUCGUUCUUCCUCCAACAACAAGGCUGUCACCACCUUCACCAUCACAGUACGUCCCAAGAACACAGCUCUGGGCCCUGGAAGAGUUCAGUCAGGUGAGCUGAUCCUGAAACGCUGCGUCCCCAUUCACCAGCAACACAACUAUGCUGCCCCCUCACCCUAUGUGGAGAGUGAGGAUGCACCACCCCAGAAGAAGAUUAAGAGUGAAGUGUCCCCGCGUCCUCUCAAGAGUGUUGUGCCCUCAAAAGCUAAGAGCUUAAGCCCCCGCAACUCUGACUCAGAGGACAGUGAGCGUCGCCGCAACCACAACAUCCUGGAGCGCCAACGACGCAAUGACCUGCGGUCCAGCUUCCUCACACUCAGGGACCAUGUGCCAGAGUUGGUGAAGAAUGAGAAGGCUGCAAAGGUGGUCAUUUUGAAAAAGGCCACAGAGUAUGUCCACUCCCUUCAGGCAGAAGAACACCAGCUUUUGCUGGAAAAGGAAAAAUUGCAGGCAAGACAGCAGCAGUUGCUAAAGAAAAUUGAACAUGCUCGGACUUGCUAAACGUUUCUCAAAACUGGACAGUCACUGCCACUUUGCACAUUUUGAUUUUUUUUUUUUUUUAAACAAAUAUUGUGUUGACAUUAAGAAUGUUGGUUUACUUUCAAAUCAGUCUCCUGUCAAGUUUGGAUCUGGGUGGGGAAGCAGAACGAGCAGGGAUUUCUGCCAGAACCUUAGGAUUGGGCCUGCCUGAUUCAGCCCUUUCAGUUUCCUCUUCCACCUCACCUCUGAGUUGCCGUAGAAGUUCGUGACAAGAUCCUUUGAGGCUGUUGAAGUCACCUUGUUCCAAGUUUCUAAACAAAGUCAUUCCUUGUUUUUAAAAAUGGUGCUUAAGUUCCAGCAGAUGUCACUUGAGGGGUUUGCCAUUUGAUACCCCUGGGGAACAUUUCUGUAAAUACCACUGACAACACUGCCUUUUGUACAUGUCUUGGGUAAUGAGAGGUGGCUUUUGCAGCCAGUAUUAGACUGGAAGUUCAUACCUAAGUACUGUAAUACCUCAAUGUUUGAGGAGCAUGUUUUGUAUACAAAUAUAUUGUUAAUCUCUGUUAUGUACUGUACUAAUUCUUACACUGCCUGUAUACUUUAGUAUGAUGCUGAUACAUAACUAAAUUUGAUACUUAUAUUUUCGUAUGAAAAUGAGUUGUGAAAGUUUUGAGUAGAUAUUACUUUAUCACUUUUUGAACUAAGAAACUUUUGUAAAGAAAUUUACUAUAUAUAUAUAUAUAUGCCUUUUUCCUAGCCUGUUUCUUCCUGUUAAUGUAUUUGUUCAUGUUUGGUGCAUAGAACUGGGUAAAUGCAAAGUUCUGUGUUUAAUUUCUUCAAAAUGUAUAUAUUUAGUGCUGCAUCUUAUAGCACUUUUGAAAUACCUCAUGUUUAUGAAAAUAAAUAGCAAUUAAAUGA